ACUUAAACGGGGUUCCCCACACGGGCGGGUUUUUUUUUUCUUCCCCUCCCUGGUUGUCUGAAUUCCAUCAAUCCACGAUCGGCCGCAAUAUCCUAGAAACAGAGUUUGUAAAGAGCUUCCGAGGAGGCCUGGAGGAAGGGUACUGUACAUCAGCCAGGGACAACAUGGAAACUCUUGGUCCUCCACCCCCCUAUGAUGACAAGAGGUCUGGAGCUGAAGAUGAUAGAAGUUGUGAGAUGGAAGAAGGGGAUUUCCGAAUUGCCUAUUGGGUGGAAAAAAAUGUUAGGCAAGUCUUCAUUCGCAAGGUUUACAGCAUCAUCACCCUUCAGUUACUACUGACUGUGGCAAUUGUUUCCGUCUUCACUUUCGUGACUCCUGUGAGCACUUUUGUGAUCAAUCACAUUCCAUUAUAUUAUGCAUCUUAUGGUGUAUUUUUGAUCUGUUACCUAGUGCUGGUGCUUUGUAAAAAGAUCCAGAGACGAUUUCCGUGGAAUAUAAUCCUUAUGACCAUCUUCACAUUGGCUUUGGGAUUUAUGACAGGCACCAUUGCUAGCAUGCAUGAGACCAAAGCUGUAAUCCUUGCCAUGAUCAUCACUACAGUUAUAACAGUCACUGUCACUGUUUUCUCUUUCCAAACAAAGGUGGAUCUCACAACCUGGACUGGUUUUUUCUGUAUACUGGCAAUUGUCCUCUUUGUGACUUCUAUCAGCACCACUGUUGUUCUGGUAUACAAAUAUAUCUAUUGGGUCCAUAUGCUUUAUUCAGCCAUUUGUGCCAUCAUCUUUACCCUGUUCCUUGCAUAUGAUACCCAGUUGCUCUUGGGGAAUAAGAGGUUUGCCAUCAGUCCUGAAGAUUACAUUUAUGGAGCAAUUCAAAUCUACGUAGAUGUCAUCUAUAUCUUCCUUUCUUUUUUAAGACUUGGAAGCAGACGUUAAGGAAUUUGGGGGGGGGGGCUACUUAAGGAACAUGUUUACAGAAUAUUAGUAUCUUUGCCUUCCCCCAUAUGAAUCUGCUUUUGAAUAAUAUUAUCAUAACACAUACUUACAAAUUUUCAUGUUGCUUUUAUUUUACUAUACUGUGUGAAAGCUUUGUAUAUUGUACAGAAACUCAUUUAUUAAGUAUAUGGGCUGAACUCAAAGUUCAAUAAACUUAAGUCCCCUGAAAUAAUAAUUAUACUGUCAAUGUAUGCCCUAUGAGCUGCAUUUGUGGUUAG